AUGGGUCUCAUUCAAAUGCUAUUGUCAAGAAAGAUAGCAGAGGCAGAGAGAGACGACAGAAUCAUAGCAAUUCAUGCCGCCAUGGGAGGCGGCACUGAUCUCGACUAUUUCCAGAAGUGUUUUCCCGAUCGUUGCUUUGACGUCGGAAUCACAGAGCGACAUGCUGUUACCUUUGCUGCUGGCCUCGCCACCGAAGGCCGCAAGCCCUUUUGCGCCAUUUACUCUUCUUUUCUUCAAAGAGGCUAUGACCAGGUAGCUGACGAUGUAGAUCUUCAAAAGCUGCCGGUGAGGUUUGCGAUAGACACAAGUUUCAUGGCAUGUUUACCAAAUAUGGUGGUGAUGGCUCCUUCAAACGAGACGGAGCUAAUGAACAUUGUGGCCACGGCCGCCGCCAUCGACAAUAAAGGCACUCCAUUGGAGGUAAUAAAAACUCAAAUAAACCCCGAAAUUACAUACAGGUAG